AUGGGGGGGAACGACGUGGUCAGGGAGGAGCUGGGCAGCCUCCACGGCAUCCCCCUCUACAAGAGCUUCGUCGAGGGCUGGCCACAGGUGGAGGCUUUCCAAGCCCGGCUGGAUGACCUGCUCAUCGCCACCUACCCCAAAUCGGGCACGACGUGGCUGAGCGAGAUCCUGGACAUGAUCUACCACGACGGCGAUGUGGAGAAGUGCCGCCGGGAUGCCAUCUUCAACCGGGUGCCCUUCCUGGAAAUGAAGGCCCCCGAGCUGCCGAGCGGGGUCGACCUGCUGGACAAAACCCCGUCCCCGCGGCUGGUGAAGACCCAUCUCCCGGUCCAGCUCCUCCCGACCUCCUUCUGGGACAAGGGCUGCAAGGUCAUCUACAUGGCCCGCAACCCCAAGGAUGUCGUCGUCUCCUACUACUACUUCUACCAGAUGGCCAAGAUGCAUCCCGACCCCGGCACGCUGGGCGAGUUCCUGGAGACCUUCAUGGCUGGCAAAGCGGCCUACGGGUCCUGGUAUGAGCAUGUGCGGGGCUGGUGGGAGAAGAAGCAGGAGAAGCAGCUCCUCUAUCUCUUCUAUGAGGACAUGAAGAAGGACCCGCGGCGGGAGGUGCAGAAGAUCCUGCAGUUCCUGGGCAAGAAGGUGUCGGAGGAGACGGUGGAGAGGAUCCUCCACCACACCUCCUUCCAGGAGAUGAAGAAGAACCCUGCCGCCAACUACGAGACCAUGCCCACCAACCUGAUGGACCACAGCCUCUCCCCCUUCCUCCGGAAAGGGAUCUCCGGGGACUGGAAGAACCACUUCACUGUGGCCCAGAAUGAGCGCUUCGACCAGCACUACCGGCAGCACAUGGCGGGCUCUGACCUCCACUUCCAGAUGGAGGUGUGA